AGUGCUGCUGCUGCUGCUACUACUUGUUAUAGUACCGCUGCUGCUGUUUACUACCGUUAGAUAGUAUAGCUCGGUGUUUGUGAUUCACAAGUAGUAAACAUGGAAGUUGGUAGAUAGGCUUAAUAUUUAUAUUUCACGUCAGUGACAGCCAACAACAACCCCGACGGAAAUCAUUCAUUUAAAUCCAAAUUAAGACCCCCCGCCUUCUCUCUCUAUCUCUACAAUCACAACCAAAAAUUUAUAUCAAGUUUUUUAAAGGAAUCGUCAGUGCGUUAUGUCAUGGUGAUCUGUAGACAACUGUGUUGGCUUCACUAACUUUUUUGACUUUUUUUUUUACCACUGCUGAAACUUUCCAAAAAAAACCGACAACAAAACUUAAUCAAAACCAUUUUUUUCUCUCAACACAAACUAUGAGACCCGUCAUUGAAUUUAGGGAAUGUCUGAAAGACUCACCAUACUUCAGAGCUUCCCUCGAAGAUGCUGAAAAUGAUAUCGAACUACUGGAAGUUAGAUUGGAGAAGCUGGUGAAGCUUUGUUCCAGUAUGAUUGAGACAGGAAAAGCAUUUCAUACUGCAAGCAAUGGCUUUGUUGGAGGUGUGCGGGACCUUGGCCAGUAUUUCAAGGACGAUGAUUUGGCCUCUGAAGAUGCUAAAGUCGCUAAAUCCCUGACCCGUUUUGCUGAUGCUAUGACAGAAGUGAUGAAAUAUUUUUCAAUGUUGAUGGACCAAGCAAACAGAUCUGUUUGCAAAAAUAUUAACAAUUUUAUAAAACAAGAUAUCAGAAAAGUGAAAGAAGCAAAGAAAUAUUUUGAGAAAAUCAGUGAUGAGAUGGACAAUGCCUUGAUAAAAAACUCUAAUGCCCUUCGCAGCAAACCUCAGGAAUGUGAGGAUGCAACAAAUGGAUUGAUAGCUAUGAGUUCUGCUUUUGCACACAAUUCUUUGGACUAUGUGUACCAGAUCAAUGUUCUGCGAUUGAAGAAACGAUUUGAUGUCUUAGAAACUAUGUUAUCUUUCAUGAAUGCUCAGAAUACAUACUUUCAUCAGGGCCAUGACCUUUUCAUCGAUUUAGACCCUUACGUCAAGAAUGUCAGAGACCAGGUGGAAGAGCUCAGUCGCAAAGCAACCGUUGAGAAGAAAGAAAUGGAGGAGCGACAUGACCUCGUUAGGGAACAGACUUUCAAAAUAACCAAAAAAAUGCAGUCUGUGAAGGUUACCAAAAAACGGUGGCUGAGAAAACGAGCAAGCAAAGACUUUGGCAAAGUGGCUGACAAGCGCUUAUCAAUGGACACCAUUUAUGCUCUUAACGACGAGUUUAAUGAUGCGACCACAUUCUUCAAACAAGACACGAGAUAUAAUGGACGGAAAUCGUCUCUCUCCACUUUAGUGCAUUUAUUCUGUACCAAGAAUCAGUCCUUCCCUACUGAAAACUUAGAGUUGGCAUCGAGUGCGCCUUUCCAACCUGAGGACAGUGAUAAGAAAAUGGAAGGUUAUCUCUUCAAACGCACGACCAAUGCAUUCAAGUCAUGGGUUAGGCGCUGGUUUGCCAUUCAAGACAAUCAGUUGGUUUAUCGGAAACGCUCCAAAGACAGCCAGACCAUAAUGGAAGAAGACCUACGCUUGUGUACCGUGAAACCUGUCUAUGAAAUUGACCGACGUUUCUGCUUUGAAGUUGUCUCCCCUGCAAGGAAUCACAUUCUACAGGCAGACUCUGAACAUUUGUGCCAGAAGUGGAUCAGCGCCAUUCAAGCUGGAGUUUCCAAAGCUUACAGUUCUGAGAGUAAUCAAACCGAUGAAAAAAAUGAGAACUAUGGAACCAGUGGCGGCGGCGGCAAUGUUCCUGAUAAUGUUGGUGGCAACUCUAACUCAAACUCUCCCUCGACACAGAACUCGAAACAGCAAAGCAAGUCCCAACUACGUAUGAACCAACUUCUAUCUAUACCUGGUAACGACCGCUGCUGUGACUGUAACUCUCCUGACCCACGAUGGGCCAGUAUUAACCUUGGCAUAACGCUAUGCAUAGAAUGUUCUGGAAUACACAGGAGUUUUGGAGUCCAUAUGUCAAAAGUGCGGUCAAUAAUGCUGGAUGCCUGGGAACCAGAACUGUUGAAGGUCAUGGCAGAACUUGGUAAUGACGUUGUCAACAGGACCUAUGAGAGCACCGUAGAUGAAUCCAUUGCACCACAUGCAACUCCUGACUGCACCAGGGGUAUCCGAGAGGCGUGGAUAAGAUCUAAAUAUAUCCAGAAAGCCUUUGUUAGCAAAUUACCUGGUUUCAAAGACAACAGCAGUGAAAAGAUCCAAAGCUGGAGUGUACGGAAGCGGACGAAAAGAUCUCCUGGUCGAUCUCUCAUCAAAGAUGAUAACUUGUCAACUACUCAGCCAUCAGAGAAACUGGAAAAUUCUAGUGACUUAAUGAAAGCUGUUCUUUCAGUAUCCACGGCAACCUCGAAGGACAAUGGCAAUGGGCACCGAAAUUCAGAAGUUCUUGUGUUUGGCUCCGAUGUGGAAUUACCUGAAGUGAACCCAAGUAAAUUCCUUGAUCUUGACCUGGACAGCUCUGAAGACUCCUCUACAGAAACUGAAGACACGGAAGAUGCCAAGUCAACAACUUCCUGGGAAGACAUGAGCAAGCUCGACCCAAACAUGUUAUUAUACAAGGCAGCACAAGCCCGUAACCUUCCAGUAAUGGUCGAAGCUUUAGCACAUGGUGGAAAUUCAAAUUGGAUCAACGAAGAAGAUGAAGGGAAGACACCGCUUAUGAAGUCAGUGGAAACGGGUUCUUUAGCUGCCUGCGAGUUUCUCCUGCUCAACGGUGCUAAGUUGGAUCGACGGGACCAGAAGGGAAGAACUCCCUUACAUCACGCUACGAUACAUGGCUACACUGGGCAAGUAUGCCAGUUUUUGAAACGUGGUGCAGAUCGACAUGCCAAAGAUAAUGAAGGCAAGGAUGCUGAAACAAUUGCUAUCGAAGCCACCAAUGCCGACAUAGUCACACUAUUGAGAUUAGCCCGAUUGAACGAAGAAAUGAGUACGGACGGUGAUGAAAUGUACAAUGAUGUGUUCCGAGACUUCAGUAACAUGGCCUCACACAAUCCAGAAAAGUUGAAACGGAAAUAGCGAACUGUUUGUUCCACUUUGCUCCAAGACAGGCAUGCAGUGACCACAUAUAUAUAUAUACAUAUAUAUAUAUAAUGUGUGUAUAAAUAUAUGUAUAUGU